UAUAUUCAAUAAAAAGUAUUGUUAUCUAGAGUACAUUCUUUCAAUUAUAUAACAGUAUAAUCAUGUAUAAUGUAACACGUCCUUGUCGUGUCCCCCAACAUUACGUGACAGAGAAGGCAUAUCUCUGCCCUUCAAUUUUGUGCGCAGUCACCGGCGCAGUCUAUAGAUAGUGUUUCGAGUGCAGAAGUGUAGAAGUGGUCGACUGAUGCAAACUGAUAGUCGGUAAAUCUUGAGUUUAAGUCCGUUUUGUUAUCACUCUACACGUGUUUUUUGAGAGAUAUAUAAAGGACGAUGGAUUUAAAGAAUUUAGUACCUGCAAGUUAAGAAAACCUCGAGAAAAGUUCAAGAAAUAAGAUUACAAGCAAGAAAAAGAAUUGCAUUUACAAGCGAAUUAAGGAAAAAAAUGAGAAAAUAAAGGAGAUAGAAAGAGAAUUAAGAGAAAAUAUUGCUACGUUCCAUAUAGGACAAGAAUUUUAUUAAAGAUUAGAAUCAAGGAGCUUGUAGCUCUUCACUUGAUAACAAUAAUUGAUGAGAGUUGUGUAUAAUUUUAACAAGCAAUAAACAAUAUAUUAAGCAAAAUGGUUCUGGAACAAUAUAAAGAAAUUGUUGGAUCUUGUGCUAUGUACACUACAAUGGCACAAAUGUUAGCUGGAACGGUAAUAUGCAAAGACAUAUACAAGAAAGGUACAACCAAAGGAGUUGAUCCAAUGCCUUUUCUUGGUGGCAUAGGACUGUGCAUACUGAUGCUUCGAUACGCAUUAAUGUUAAAUGAUUCUACUAUGAUAAAUGUUAACAUAUUUGGUUUAUCGACAAACAUUAUCUAUAUGAUAGUGUACUACUAUUAUGCUCCAAAUACGGGAGAAGUGCUUACACUUAUAUUCAAGACAACAAUCUUUGUGUUAAUUUUCCUUGUGUACGCACAAAUAGAACAUCCAGAAAAUGUCGAAUUUAGAUUUGGUUUGGUGGUUACAAUACUCUUACUUCUUUUAAUUGCAUCUCCUCUAAUGCAUCUUAAACAGAUUAUAAAAACAAAAAACACCGAAAUUCUCCCAUUUCCACUUAUCUUUAUGGGUACCUUAGUUUCUUUUCAGUGGUUACUGUACGGCCUUAUCAUCAAUAAUGUUUUUAUUAUUUUUCAGAAUGCAGUUGGUUUUAUUCUUAGCAUAGCUCAAUUAUCUCUUUUUGUGAUAUUCCCAUCCAAAAAUUCACGAGCUGCAUUAUUGAGCAAGGAAAGGAAAGAAGAUUAAAACAGUCUUCCAGAAUUCUGACAGAAAGAAAUAUUUGCUGUAUUCAAAAUUAUAUUUUCUAUAGUAUACACAUUCAUAAAAUAGCAGUAUUUUAUUAUAGAUAUCUACAAUUGUUGAUUUUUUCAUAAAUCAAGGCAAAAUUGGAAGAUAAUUCAAUAGCGUAAUAACAAAUUUUAAGAAUUUUAUA